UCUUUUCCCAAGGAAUCGUUACACUAUUUUAAAUUAAAUUUCUCACACUACUGCUUUCCAACAAAUCUAUGGUGGGGAUAUUCGACAGAACUACCAUCCGUGUGCGACUAAGGUUGUAUAAAUCUUGAUCACGUGGGGUACGGGAUUAAAUGAAUACCCUAUAUAAGUUGAAUGGCCUGCUCCUUCUAACCCCGCACAAAAGUUCUGACUUCUACGUUCUUGUGUGUUCAAUUCUGGUUGCAAAUAAAGUUUUCUCCAAUAUUUUUAAUUUUCUGAUAGCUCUCUCUAUUACAAGUGUCAUAUGACUAAAAUUACUGACUUUUGGUGACAUCGGGAAUCAAAUUUCAUGCUCAAGAAAUAUUUCAUAUGAUUUUCCAAAUAUGAUCGAAUUAGUAUGUAUCUAUGUAGAUGUCUAGAUACACUUGCAACUGAAAUAAGUAGAAGAUCCAUGAAGACCAUCGAUAUAUUUCGAAAUGAAAAUUGCGACGAGAUUUUGGAUAGGAUGUAUGGUGUUCUUAACAACAUACACUUGCUAUACUACUAGGGUGAAUAUGUCCAUUAGUAUUGUAUCAAUGACGAAGAAGGGGCAUAAAUCCACACCAGAAUGCAUCAUGAAGAGUGAGUCACACAACAGGAAUGAAAGCAAUGAAACUACUGACACAUCACCUCGAGACGACUACCCUGAUUAUGGACCACGUUACGAAUGGAGUGAACAAGUUCAAGCACAAAUAUUAGCAUCUUAUUUCUAUGGCUACGCUAUAUUCUCCCUUCCUGCGGGUUUUCUGGCUGAAUACUUCGGACCCUUCAAGAUAAUUCUUAUUGCACAUAUAAUUGCUGCUGUCUUCAAUACCCUAUGCGUUUAUGCGAUAUGGUUGAACUGGGGAGUGCUAUGCUUUUGCAGAAUUAUACUGGGAUGCUGCGGGGGUCUAAUAUAUCCAGCACUGCAAUGCCUGAUCGCGCACUGGGCACCUCCGGAAGAGAAAGGCAAAUUCUUUGGAGCUCUCAUGGGCAACGUAUUGGGUACUUGUAUCACUUGGCCCAUGGUGGGCGCCAUCACUGCAGCAUUUGGAUGGGACUGGGGAUUUUACUCUGUUAGUAUAAAGAAUGUCAUUUUUUGCAUUAUAUUUUUCUUCGUUUGUGCUGACACCCCGGAAAUGCAUUCGUGGAUCAGUGAAGAUGAAUUGAAAUACAUAAAGGAGAAACAGGCUGGAAAUGUAGAGAAACAGAAGGUGAUACCACCCUACUUGGAUAUUGCAAAAUCACCAGCGUUUUGGGUCUUAGCGAUCUGUCACUUUGGUAACGAAUGGGGUCUAUACCUUCAGCUAGUCAACGUUCCAAAGUUCAUCAGCGAAGUCAUUGGAUUCAAAUUGGAAGAAACAGGAGGCCUCUCGUCUGUAGCACCCCUCUGCAGGAUGAUUUUUGGAAUGAUUUUCGGAUUGAUCGGGGAUACGCUGAGGCAGAAACAAGUGAUGAGCUUAUCAGCAAUUAGAAGAAUGUUCACGGUCUCUUCUCACAUCCUGACAGGAGCCUUACUUAUUGGCAUCGGCUUCGUGGGAUGUAACUGGAUAGUGGUCAUGCUUCUUCUCGCACUCAGUUUGGGUCUGAAUGGUGCUUGCUCUCAAAGUAAUUUACAAAAUCCUCAAGAUUUAGCGCCAAAUUUUGCUGCUACCAUAUAUGGCUUCAACAGUUUCAUUGGUGGGUGUACUGGGUUCUUAGUACCUGCAGUUACUGGAGAGCUAACUAAAUAUAACAAUGGAAUAAGAGAAUGGGGCAUAGCGUUCAUGCUGGGAGGAGGUAUUGUAGUUGUUUGUGGACUAACAUGGAUAUUGUUCGGAUCAGUGAAAGAACAGCCUUGGAAUAGAAAAGGAGGUCCAUCAUGAAAUGAUAUUAUGUAAUGUAUAUGUCUCUAAAUAAAUAUGUAGUCCGGCUUAUUUUCAUACAACCCUUC